GACAAAAUUUCACGGACACAGUGAAUUUAGCCCAACCUGUGCGCUUACACCGGCGCCACGUAUGUUUUGAAUAAAUUGGGCAGUUAUCGAGCUUGUGUCUCGCUACCCCCCCCGGAGUCGGGAAGGGGUUUGGCCACGGACCCACCGGAAAGGACCAACUCGGUCACCGGAAGGGAUUCAAUUAAGUGACGGACCGAGGGUCUUGGCUUUGAGCUCGUUUCAUGCUUUAACCUCCACUGGCUGCACUCUCAUGGUGAGGACAAGAUAAAAUGGAAGUUCUUAGGCCAACACUGAUCAAUAUCGAUGGACGAAUUUACCGCAAAAACCAUGUCAAAGAGCAGGUGUACUCGAAUCUGGAAGAAGAAGACUUUACUUACUCUGGAGUUGUAGAAUGUAUGGAUGAGCCUUGUGACUCUGUACUUAUAGAGCAGACAGAACGAGGCUACCGAUGUGCCAUGGCUGUGCCCAGCACUCUUUACAAAUACGUGAUUGGGAAGAAAGGGGAGACUAAACGAAGACUGGAGACUGAGACACGAACUUCCAUAACGAUCCCUAAACCUGGAAUGGAGGGAGAAAUUGUCAUCACUGGGCAGCAGCGAGCGGGUGUCGCAUCAGCACAGACGCGGAUCGAGGUGAUGUUGGAGAGUUUCCGCAGGAAACAGCCCUUCACUCAUUUCCUGUCCUUUGCUGUUAAUCACUCCACAAUUCAGGAACAGUUUGUGAAGUUUAAAGAGCGGGUGUUGGACGAAAGCUCCCAGGACCGUGGGAUUGACAGCAGUAUUUUCCAGAACCCAGCAAAGCUCCAUCUGACGAUCGGAACACUCGUUCUGCUUAAUGAGCAAGAGAUCACCAAAGCCUGUGAACUGCUGCAGAAAUGCAAAGAGGACUUCAUCAGUAAACUUACUGAUGGAAAGCCGCUCAUUGUGAGGAUGGAAGGGAUUGAAUACAUGAAUGAUGACCCAAGUAUGGUCGAUGUUCUUUAUGGAAAGAUUCAAAUGAAGAAUGGAACAGACAAAUUGCAGCUGAUUGCAGAUGGACUGUUGGAUCGAUUUGUUGCCUCGGGGUUGAUGGAGAAGGAAUGGGACAAGGUGAAACUCCAUGCUACUUUGAUGAACACUCUUUUCAGAAGGGACCCAACAGUGGAAGGUCGAACCAGUGCCACUCCGGGGAAGCAGAACUUGCGUGAAAGAGAAUCCUUUGAUGCACGAAAUGUAUUAAAGAAAUGUGAAAAUUACCGUUUUGGUGAUGUGGAGCUGAAUGCCGUGCACAUCUCCCAGAGGUUUUCCACCGACAGCUCUGGGUUCUACUCUUCGUCUGGCGCCAUUAACUUUUCGUAGUGUGUGGUAAUGUUGGAUCAACGGGUCUGCAGAAUAACGCUCUACACCCACCCCAAAAAAAUUACGGAAAGGUGAGUCUUGCUACAACACAGCAGGACAAACUCACCUGCUGGUCAACUCCAAAUUCUCAAUUGGGACCCUUGUUUCUUCUGGGGUAAAGGAGCUGAAUUGAAGCAACCUUGCAAGAAUAUCCUGCUGGAACAGUGACGGUGAUGCAUGAGAGACUGUAGGAGAAGAGCUGUUUUCACAUCAGAUACCUCUACAUGUCUUCAAAAAUCAUUCCAGCCUUUCACAGUCAAAUAUUUGCAAUGAUAUAUUAAACUGGGGGUGAAUA